AGGUGGGUAUGGUUUCGACGGGAAGAUGUGGAAGCGGUAGAGUUGACUGAAACGACUUAGGCGAAGAGAUGUUCUCUGUACGGAAAACUGAUAGGGAUAAGAAAAAGUAACAUACGCGUUGCAAGCAGUCGGAGCGACACAGCACUCAAACGGAAAAUACAAGGAUCGAUCAGGUUUGGGAUUUAAAUUCAGUAAGCGCUGCUCUGAAAACCUUCAUGACCUUCCCAUCUUCUGCAACUUGAAGACAUUUUGCGGGACACUCGAGAGCUAGAUAGCUAAGUUAAUCUUGUUUGCUUAAAAACCAUUUUGUCGAGACGUUCAAGGUAAAUGCUUCUAACUGGUCAUAUAUGCAAUGGCUUGUAGUCUGAAGGACGAACUUCUGUGUUCCAUCUGCCUGAGUAUUUAUCAGGAUCCAGUUAGUUUCGGUUGCGAGCAUUAUUUCUGCCGAAAGUGCAUCACGGAGCACUGGAGCCGACAGGAGCACCACGGGGCGAGAGACUGUCCCGAGUGCCGGAGAACCUUCACGGACCCGCUGCUCUCUCCGAGCCUCAAGCUGUCCAACAUCGUGGAGAGGUAUUCCGCCUUCCCCCUGGAUGCCAUUCUCAACGCUCAAAGGAACUCGUACCCGUGCAAGGACCAUGAAAAGGUCAAGCUGUUCUGCCUCAGCGAUAAGAGCUUGGUCUGCUUCUUCUGCGACGAGCCCGCCUUGCACGAACAGCAUCAAGUGACCACCAUAGAUGAGGCGUUCGAGGAAAUACAGAGGGAGAUGAAGGAGCAGCUGGCCACCCUGCAGGACAGUGAAGUGGGGCACACAGAGGCCCUGCAGCUGCUACAGAGGCAGCUGACCGAAACCAAGUCGUCGGCGAAGAGCCUGCGGGCGACGAUCGGCGAGGCGUUCGAGCGGCUGCACCGCUUCCUGCGCGAGCGGCAGAAGAGCAUGCUGGAGGAGCUGGAGGCGGACACGGCGCGCACGCUCUCCGACAUCGAGCAGAAGAUCCAGCGCUACAGCCAACAGCUGCGCGACGUCAAGGAGGGCAUCCAGAUCCUGCAGGAGCGGCUGGGCGAGAUGGACCGCCACGGCUUCCUGGAGGGUGUCGCGCUCACCUCAGAUAGAAUAAAAGGGAAGAUCCACGAAACCAACCUCACCUAUGAAGAUUUCCCAACAUCCAAGUAUAUGGGACCCCUGCAAUACACAAUAUGGAAGUCUCUCUUCCAGGAUAUUUCUCCAGUGCCAGCGUCCCUGACCCUUGACCCCAUCACGGCGCACCAGCGGCUCAUCCUGUCAGACGACUGCACCAUCGUCGCCUACGGCAACCUGCACCCCCAGCCUCUGCAGGACUCUCCCCGCCGCUUCGACGUGGAGGUGUCGGUGCUGGGGGCGGAGGGCUUCGGGGGUGGGGUGCACUACUGGGAGGUGAUGGUGUCGGAGAAGACCCAGUGGAUGAUCGGGGUGGCCAGCGAGACGGUCAGCCGAAAGGGCAGCAUCCAGAUCCAGCCCAGUCGCGGCUUCUACUGCAUCGUCAUGCACGACGGCAACCAGUACAGUGCCUGCACCGAGCCCUGGACCCGCCUCAACGUCAAGAGCAAGCUGGAGAAGGUGGGCGUGUACCUGGACUACCCCAAGGGCCUGCUGGUCUUCUACAACGCCGAGGACAUGUCCUGGCUCUACACCUACAGAGAGAGAUUCCAUGCCAAGCUCUUCCCUUACUUCAGCCCGGGCCAGAGCCACGCCAACGGCAAGAACGUGCAGCCACUGAGAAUCAACACGGUCCGUCUAUAAGACCCGAGAGUCCCGGGGGAAGGCGGUCAGCCACUAGCUGUACAGCUGAAUAAUCCUUGGGCACUGUGCCUCCUAGAAAUAACCUGAAGCUGAUAUCACUGAAUCUGGUGUCUAAAAGGCACAAAUUGCUGAAAAAAAAGUAAAAAAAAAAAAUCUGAAUUUUAAAAAAGUGGGGGUGUUCAUUGAUUUCAGUCGUAUCUGGUGUUUAGUUCCUGAGAGUGGCUAAGGGAUUUGCAAUGUUUAGGCUUGACUGUGUGAUCUCCCCGAUCAGAAUGUCUGAAAUCCUCGCUGCUUCCAUUAAGACCGUUGUCUGGAGGUCUCUGUAUGGAUAAUACAUUACAGACCAUGAAUUAUUUAUGCAGUGGGGUGAGAAAUAGAGUGGGGAAAGACCUCCUUAGAAGCAGCAUUGCCUUGGCCGUCCACGCUGGUGUGCAGAAGGUGAGCUGUACCCGAAUCACACUGUGGGCCUUCGCUAGCGUUUCAGCCGCGCCUGCAGUGACCUUGCUGGCCGAAUCCCUCCCCUGCAGGGGUGUCCUAAAAUCUCACCAGGGAGGUGAAUCUCACCUGGGACCCAUCUCAUGCAUCACGCUCAGUAGAUACCUGUAUGUGAAGCUGGUUAUUGCAGGUCGUGCUCCAUUCUGGCAGAUGUUAUGUAUAAUGUGCACUGCUGUGCUGAAUAACGCCGUGCUUUGAAUCCCCCUGCGCCAGACGCAGCUCAGUCUUGUUGUGAGUGCCGUGCUGAGGGCUGUCAGAGCUGUCUUUCCACUCAUUCCCUCUGCAGCCCAAUCCGAACAUGGCGCUGUGGUCAUAAGGCGGCUCUGGUGUACAGGGAAUCGGGGUGUUCGCUCCCAGAGGGCGGGAGGUCUUGCUGUUUGCACUCGUCAUCAGUGAUGGGAGCGUGCGGCUUCCUGAACCCCUGUAACAGGGCGGGGCUACAGCCUGCUGUCAGUCACUGACUCCUGCGAACCAAUCCAAAGACUUUGCCCUCCACUACAAAACUCAGCGAUGGGCUAAAAUUAGUGAAGAGUCAUUUUCAUGGCCAGUGAAAGCAGCUCCACCCAUUUAAGGGUUCAUGAAGCCUCACUCUUUCAGUAUUACUUGUUAUGUGUUCAUGUCUGGUUUUAAGGGACUGAGAGUUCUCAAUAUCUGUUGCUGUUGGAAGUGGGGAUUUCUUUCCAUAUGUCACAGGCAUGCUUUUUUCCUUCAUUGAAGUUCAGCUUUUUGUUUGCAGAGAAUGAUUAAUCAUUUCUUUUUUUCAAACUUUUCUUCUCUCUUUUGAGGGAUUAGUUAUCCAUGUAAGUUCAGAUGGGAGUGAGGAUCCAAAAUCUGUUUCUUUUUAAAACACAUUACAAUGUUUUUCUUUAUUGAUUUGUUAAAUCAUAGCAUUGAGAUUUAUCCGUUUGGCCCCAUAUGAAGUGCAAUCGUCUGUAAUGUUACAGAAACAGUUACUUGAGUUUUCUGGUCUCUGUGGCUCAAGUACAGGAUAGAUUCUGGCCCAUUGUAGGCAUACUAGUCUAAAUCCUUUCCUUGUUCAUUCAGCAAAAAGACAGCUGAAACAGUUACAUAACAGCCUUCAGUAUCCUAAGGAGUGGUUAAUAGCAACACAGGGUUUGCCACUGCAGCAAAGAUGUCAAAGGUAAUGCUUGCACUAAUUAGAUUACAAUUUCCCUUUCCCUAUCAACUUUUUAAAUGCAUUGGUGAUUUUGUCCCUGAAAGAUGUUGCCAAAUAAAUCACUGUAAACAUUGUGUGUUCUUGCACUCAUCAGUCCCCUGACGCACACACGUGCACACACACACACGCACGCACAGACACACACACACACACACACAC